CAGUUUUCUGAGAGGCACUGAUGAAUGUAAACACAGAGGAAUGACGACUUGAAGAGAAACAAUCUGGAUGAAACGGUCACGUUUUGAAGCUUGAACAUCGCACGUUGAAUGGAAAACCGAGUAUAAGCUGAAAUCUCAUAUAUUUGUAGUCGUGUGUUUCUUGCGCAUAUCCAUCAAACGCAGAUGUGUAAGUAGAGAAGUCGAGAGCCAAUUGGAGAAGCGGAUUAUAUCGUCACGUGUGAAUAAUUAACUGAAGGAAAUGAUGCAUGACCGGUGUUGAAAUAUCAUACUAAUUGAGGUGCAUGGAGUGGGGGUGGUUUAUACGUUGUUUCUGAUGAGCUGUCGUCAGUAUGGAUGAUGAAGCUAAGGAAUGAACAGCAGAGAAAUCUGCCUCCGUAUCCAAGUUUCAUUCCUGGGUAUCAGUGAGUUUGUCUUGUGGAGUUUGCCAUCAUGGAUUCAGCUCUACUACUUCGUGUAAUAAACACGACAACUGGAAUCCUAGGCAUCCUUGGCAAUGGCCUGGUUUGUCUUGUGAUUGUCUUGGAGCGAUCUAUGCAUACUUACACCAAUGCACUGAUUCUACACCAAGCUACCAUCGAUUUCUUGGCAUCUAUCUUUAUCAUCGGUUAUGAGUACAUCCCAAGAACCAGUCAAGUCGGUGAGACUCCUGCUGGAUACCUCCUUUGCUACUUGUGGAACUCUCGGUAUUUCAUGUUUACCUUCUUCGUAGCUUCUACCUACAGUUUAGUGACGGUAACUUUUGAGCGUUUCUUUGCGAUCGUUUAUCCGUAUCGAUACCAGAGAUAUUUCGACGGCCGGAAAGCUAUUGCCGUCUGCAUAGCUUGCAUUUGGGCUAUCGUGCUAACUUUUCGAAUCUACGCGUUUUUUCAGUGGUCGGUGGAUGAUGGUGGAAAGUGCGGCUCUAGGUCGGUAGGGGGCGUCCUAGCAGUGGUCUUAUUUCUGCUUCAGUAUGUAAUUCCUCUGUCAUUGAUGACUUACAUGUACAUCAGGAUAGGAAUUGAAAUAUCACGAAGCGCCAAUCGCAUUAUCCCUACAGUGUCUGAAUCAGAUCCGCAGCAUAACAACAACAACGCCAGAAGACUCUUACGCGCACGUCGUAACACCCUUAAGACACUUGUCAUUGUCUUCAUCACAUUCGUGCUUUGCUGGUCUCUCAACCAAGUCUUAUUUUUCAUGCAUAAUAUGGGAUGGCAACCUUUAGAUUUCACCAGUACUAUUUACAUAACAUCGACAGCUCUCCUUGCCUCCAAUGCGUCGGUUAAUCCGUUUAUUUACGCCUUCAAGUAUAAGACAUUUCAGCAGGCAUUGCGCCGGUUACUGUACCGUGUGACGGGCCGUCAGGACCGCCUUAAUAAUGUCACGGACGACAUCCCAAUCACAGGCCAGAUCGAUUGAUCAGUAUAUUUGCUUGAAUCCUGACAACAGAAUUGCACCCGUAUACCAAUUACCGUCAAGAGCUCCAAGCUGUGUUCAAUCAAGAACAGUUAAUAGAGAGGUGUUCUACAAGGAAAACCAACGCCUGGCUUGUUCAACCUCGUCUGAAAGUGACGCGACGAAUCUUCGAGCAAAAUGCCAACAUCACCGUUGUUUGUUAACACUAUAAUUCACAAUUGUCCAGCGCUUAAACUAACAUUCAUUAUCGUAAAAUGUUUGCACUAAAUCAAACAUUCUCUGCAAUAUGUUUGAAAAGAUGGGAAAAUCAAGACCAUUGACACUUUAGGCUUGGGCCAUUUCACGGGCAAUGUUAACAACACGGCUGUUUAUCGAGUCAUUCGAGCUAUUCUCUCAGCUCGGACGAAUGGUUAUACGCGUGGAUUUACACGUGGAUUUCGUAAUAAUGUGUAAAUUAAAUUUCUAAUGGUUGUACAAAAGGUCACGUUUAAAGACAAUAAUGGAGGAAAUGUGGGAAAUCUAGAAGUACCAUAUAGGGGAAAAGCUAGCCAGAGAUCUUUCGGGAGAAUGAGGGGAAAUUUGACUGUUAACUUUUUAAUUAAUUUUGUAUUAAUGAUGGUACCUUUUAGUAAGUUUUGUGCAUGCCAUUUUUAAAUCUGCCUAAAUGGAUAUAGCCGGGAAUAUUACUGGAGGACAUAAACAAUUUAAUGCGUUUUGUUUGAUUCCAACGAGGUUCAUAGUUCGAAACACAAACAAUAUCCUGAGGAAAACGGCAAACAUGGCAAUAAAAUAUUCUGACGUUUUGAUUAUCGCUUCGUAUUUGAGCUCACAAAAAGUACAUGAUAGCACAAACCGUCCUUUACUUUCACUUCCGAAAGGUUUGGCGAAAGAAUGUAAACGAGGAAAAAAAGGAACUUCGGCUAACUAAUGGACAACUGAAAUCACAUCGAAAUCACGAACCCUGCAGAUAAACACUUGUCAAAGGGAAAUUGGGACAAAAUGGAAUAAUUUGGUAUGCGUUUGCUAUUAUAUUGUGUUGUAUUAGAGUAGGCAUAUACAUGUAACAUAGAAACGAAUCUUAAUCUCUCCAAGGACAGGUGGUGGGCAAGGCUCGUAGAUUCUUAACACCAAAACGCCCCCUUUCUCUGUUUUUUUCUGCAACUGAUGUUUAUAUGGGCGUCCUGACUUUUGUCAUUUGGGAAC